UUUCGCUUUAUUAUUUUUCACACACAAAUUAUAGCUAAAGUGCACUUCUGCAGCAAUAAUAAUUCAGUGUUGGCUCUGUUGUUGGCUGCCGAAUCAUAACACACAGGACAAAUGUCUCACCUUACAGCAAACAGACAGCUAUUAGAAUACUUUUAUUAAAGUCGGAUUUAUUGUCCCAGACAAAAUCUCUAAGAUUGCAUAAAAUGAACAAAAAUGGGCAUUAAAGAGGUUCUGUCAAGGUUGGUAGACUCCAGAGUAGUCCUUGUGUUAUAUAAAAUCACAAGUAAAAGAUGCAUUGCUUGUAGGCAAGUUUUACUCCUUUCCCCCUUUUUCAUGGUUUUGAAAAAGGGAUUUACUUCAGAACAUUUAAAAAUAUUUCCAUUUUAAUUAUGGAGCGAGACCUCCCCCCCCCCAUUCUUUUUGAAGUCUUCUUAAAAGUAAGAAAACCUUGGCAAUGGCUCUUUUAAAAGUCUAACAGUGGGUGAUGAAAAUGAAAUCCCAAAUGUGUUUUUUCCUCCUUUAAAUCUGUCUGGUUGCUUGUUCGUUGCUUGCUGUUAACUGUGACUUUAAAAAAAAAUGGCUGUGUGUCCAUGCCACAUCUAUAUCAAAAUACCAGUGUCUGUUAAAUAAAAUACAUAAUCCACUAAUUGUGGCACUUCCAUAACUAGAUUUCCAGUACCGCUUUGAUAAACUAAUUAGAACUGGUAAUCCAAAUUUUGCAUUACCCUCUCGUCCACACUAAAUAGUGAUAUUCCCUCCUCCUCCCUGAACUAAUACUUUUCCAACACUAUUUUUCUUCAUUAUUUUCUUGUGUGUCACAUUGCUGUCUUUGCAAAUUAUUGCUUUUGGAAAAUCAUUUUUCAUUUUAAAGAUGCCUAAGAUUUGGGACAGUUUUAUUUAAAAUACCUAGGAUUUGUAUUGCUUGGACAACUACUGUAGUCAAAUCAGCCCCUAUGUACUCCAUCAGCUGUGUCUUCAUCCCAAACCCAAGACUGUUAGAUAUAUUAGCUUUCGAGUUACUUCCAUGUCUGUAGUGAAGAAUGAGUACACACGUAUGAAACUUUAACUGUUUCCCAGUUGUCUUUCUGUUUGAAGGGUACAACUUAUUCACAAGGUGUGUGUUCUUAAUGGGUUUAUGUACACUGUCAAAAACCACCUGAUAGUAGCUCCAGUAAGAAGGCAUGAGAGUUGCUAACUAAUACGUUUUAGUUAUUGCAUAAUUGUGAUAGAGUAUAAGGUGACCAGACCAGAUUUGGUCGUAGUUAAAAACAAACAAACUACAACACAUGCAUGCACACAAAUAACUGUUUGGUAAAUUGUUUUAGCAAAGACUAGAAAAAGUUUUUGCAUUAUUUGCAGAGAUGGGGGACCUCAGGCCCUGGGGCCAUAUGUGACCUUCCAGACCCUCAAUGUUGGGCUAAAUAAGUCACUGUGUCUUCCUCCCCCCCCCAUAUGUUAAAACAGACAUAGGUGCAUGUCAGUAGCAACUUUAAGGAGAAAUGAGUUAUACCAACACAUAUUUUUGAAAGCAUCUGCUUUUCAGUUGAUGCCUUAUGCAAUUUACUAUUUUUUGAAAGGUUUGAAGGGAGUCCAUUGUUUUAUUUUCCAUAGGAAGUGGGCCAUCACUGUGGGAAACAGUUCCACCUAUCGUGCGAAGGCAAGAAUGUUUUUUGAAGUCAAGACUAGGGACGUCAUGCCCCUCCCACUCUCCAGUUCAUUCUUGCCUUCGUACGAACAAGAUUGGAAUUUUCAUAGCAUUUAGCUAAGUCUCGUAUUUGUCUUUAAAUCCUUUCUCUUUUUCUGUUUGUGUUUAGCCUCUGAGGGUUCCCUCAGGGACCGCGGCUGCGGCUUCCUCACCCUUCCCUCAGAGCUAUUCAAUCUAUUUUAUUUACUUGUCUGGGGGCUCCCUCUGAGACCGCGGCUGCGGCUCUCUUUGUUUUGGCAGUUUCUAGCCCCCCCCCCGCUCAGUUGUCUCUUUAGCCAGGGGGCUCCCUCAAGGACCGCAGCUGCGGUUCUUCCCUUUUUGAUUGCUUCUGAUCGCUGCUGAUCGCUGUUAACCUCUCCCCCCCCUGAUCGGUUGCCGCGGCUGUGGCUUAUCCGAUCUCAGCGGGAGCUUGCAGCUGCGGCUCCCGCCGUUAACCCUCUGCCUCAGAUCGCCCUCGCAACGGGGCUUAAAUCCCACUGAGGGCUUUACAGACCGCGACGGCGGCUCUCUCUGCGGUGGCUGCCGUUUUUUCCCCUACCUGUUUUCUCCGGGGAUUUUUUGGAGCCGCUACUGCGGUUUUUGGCGAGAUCGUGCUGGGCAGCCCUUCCUCCAGUUCGCCUCCGACGGCCGCCAUUGCUUCUUCCCUCUCUGCCAUUUUUUCCCGCUCCUUUUUUCCGGGCGCCAUUUUUUUCUUUCAGAAUUUGAAUUUCCUGCCCUUUUUGUUCCCCUUAUUAUCGGAUACCAUCCCCUACAGACUAUCUAUCCGUACGUUUUUGUAUAUGUGCUGCUGACUAAUUUACACACGACUGAUUUACACACUUUACUGUGGCUGUAAUCAUAGUGGCUGAAUUAUAUUAUCAAGGCUGGAGCUCCAAUCCUAGUGGGCUGGAUUGUAUUAUCAAGGCUGGAGCUUUAAUUCUAGUGGCUGGAUUACAUUAUCAAGGCUGGAGUUUUUAAUCCUAGUGGCUGGAUUAUAUUAUCAAGGCUGGAGCUUUAAUCCUAGUGGCUGGAUUACAUUAUCAAGGCUGGAGCUUUAAUAUCAGUGGCUGACUUGUAUUAAAUCUGAUUUACAUUACAUAUCCUGCCCCCUAUGGGGCCGUGAACAAGCCAAAAACCCAGCCUACAGCACUAAUCUGAGUGUGCCUACUCUAAACAGCCUAUAUUAUAUUAACGCUGAUACCUCUGUGCAUCCUGCCCCCUCUGUGGCAGUGCAUUCGCCAUCUGCCAGUGUAUCCUACCCCCUCCGUGGUAGUACGCUGCACCAGUUCGGGUCUUUACAUCCUGCCCCCUCCGUGGCAGUGUACUGCACCCAGGUUCAUAUAAGAUGGCAGAACAGCCAGGCAUGUCACCAUCAACACACAUGGUGCCAGAUCAGCCAGACAUGCCACAAUCAGCCAAGCCACAACAUACUAACACGUCUAAGACCAGACAUGCCAAAGCACUGGCUAAGACAAAACAUCUUUCCAGCCAUAGUAAACCAAAGCGCCCUCGUUAUGUCUCUGUGCCAACAACCACCACAGCACAGACACACAUAAGUGAUAUUUUCCAUUCUCCUGCUACGGCCUCUGACGAGGAAGAGUUUGUUGGCUUUCCCCCUCACGGUUCGCCUAUCGAACCUACCUCUGGCUUACCGCCUCAGACAUCUGUUCCAAUAGCCCACCAGGCACAUACAUCUCACACAUCUGGUCUGCAGCUGUCUCCUGAUUUCCUCUCCCAACUCCAAGCCAUGCUGGCUUAUUUCACACGAAUGCAGUCACUACCACAGGUUCCUGCCAUACCCCCACUCAGCAUGGACCAACGUGCGUUCCAUGCUGCUCAUCCUUCCGGCUCACCAGAUCCCUUUGAUGUAGCCAGAGGCAGAUGUACGGACGAAGCCUCAUAUGCGGAGGAGUUAACUUGCACUGACCAGGUUGAAGGAGACGACUGGAGCGACUAUUCAGAUCAUGAGGAGGAUACAUCGUAUCGCUUGUUCAAUACCUCAGAUUACCAACCGCUCGCACGUAGGGUACUUCAGACCCUUGGUCUCCAGACUGCGCCUUCAACUUCGUCCGCUCCAGCUCUCAAAGGGGCCAAGGUCCUCAAAUCCCCUGCACCUACUGAACACUACAUCCCGGUGCCGGACCCAAUUGCCAAAUUAACUUCCGAAGAAUGGGCCCACCCACUCAAAGCUCGACGCUUCAAGAACAUGGCUGACAGACUUUACGCCCUAGCCCCAGACUUCGCCACCAAGUUAGAUGUCCCUGGCAUAGAUGAACCGAUCGCUCGCCUCGUUUCACGAUCUAUCUUGCCCAGGGAAGGGGAAUCCCACCUAAAAGAUACUACUGAGCGUCGAAUAGACUUCGCUCUCCGCAAGAACCACGAGGCCACUGCCCUAGCCAUGCGUGCCUCCGCCUCAGCCUCCAUCUUCUCCAGAGCAUCUAUGAUGUGGCUGGAUGACCUUCUAGAGGAUGACAACCCUGAUCCUGUCGCCUUCAAAAGAGCACUAUUGAAAUUACGUAAGACAGCAGCCUUUGUGGCCGAUGCCACUUUGGAUGUCACCCAAUUAGGGGCACGAGCCAUGACGACUCAAAUAGUCGCUCGUCGCACCCUCUGGCUUCGCCACUGGCAAGCUGAUUCAGCGGCCAGAUUGAACCUGUCCAAGGCUCCUUACUCCGGAUCUCUACUCUUCGGCGAGGAAGCUCUAAAGGCAGUUCUGGUUGAUCCAAAAGACGCCCACAAACCGGUUCUAGCCACAGUCAAGAACAUCGACCACAGGCCCUUCAGGCGAUUUCCCUCCUUUCGUUCUAACCAGCCCUUUCGAGGAACGCGGCCAGGAGGACGAGGCCGCGAUUUCAGACCCUAUGAUUCCAACGCAUUCAGGGGCUCCUGGAACCGACGCUUCCAGGGCAGAGACCUACGGCUGGCUUGUCAACUUCGACAAAAGCCAUCUCCAACCAACCCAACGCCUACUACAUCUUGGGGCAAUGUUGGACACCCUGCAGGCAAUGGUCUUCCUGGCUCCAGAUCGCAUCACUGCCAUCACAAGCAUCGCAAGGUCCCUGAUGCAACAAACAUCCGCAGACGUCAUGCUUCUCGCCAGAGCGCUCGGGAUGUUUAUCUCCACAAUCCACAUUGUGCCCUGGGCUCGGGCUCACACUCGGCCCCUUCAGUGGACUCUGUUGCCUUUUCAAAAAGACAUUGCCAGCUCCAACCAUCGCAAAGUUCGUUUGAACCCCGCUCUGCGCCUCUCCUUCCGCUGGUGGACCAAGGUUCAACACCUCUCCAAGGGCACGUCGUUCAGAGAACCCCGCAGAACCGUCGUGACCACAGACGCCAGCCUCAUAGGUUGGGGAGCCCACUGCAACUCCCAGUACGUUCAGGGGGUUUGGCCCAACGCAGAGCAAUCUCGAAGCAUCAACUGGCUGGAACUAAAGGCUGUCCACUUGCCUCUAUGUCAUUUUCAGUCUCUGUCCCCUUUGCAUCAUGUGCUCAUUCGAACAGACAACACGUGUGUAAAAUCACAUUUGAACAGACAGGGGGGCACCAGGUCUCGUCCUCUGCAGGACUUAGCCUCCCUCAUCUUUGUCUGGGCAGAACAACAUCUACAAUCCCUGAAAGCAGAGCACCUCAGAGGGAUUUGGAAUGUGACAGCAGACUGGCUCAGCAAACAGGUCUUCCCGGGAGAAUGGAAACUUCAUCCAGCCAUUUUCCAUCGUCUCCAGUGUCGGUUCGGCGCCCUCUCAGUCGACCUGUUUGCUUCCAGUCACAAUUGCCAGCUUCCAAGGUACUUUGCCCGAUACCUGGACUCAACAGCAGAAGCAGUGGAUGCUCUGACAACACCCUGGCCAGACGGUCUAUUGUACGCCUUUCCUCCCAUACCAUUGUUAGCCAAAACCUUGAGGAAGGCGCGAACCGAAAGGGCACAGCUGGUUCUGAUAGCACCAUUUUGGCCAUGCCAACCGUGGUUCUCAGAUCUUCUGGCAAUGUCAAUGAUGGAUCCUUGGACACUUCCAGUAACGCCAGACCUCCUAUCCCAGGGUCCAGUACUGCACCAGGACCCUACUUGGCUCAAUCUAACAGCGUGGCGUUUGAACGGAGACAUUUGAGGUCAGCUGGACUGUCUGACGCUGUGAUUGAUAUUAUUUUGGCCUCGGGAAGACCAUCUACCACUCGAAUUUAUCAACAUACCUGGGUGGCCUUCUCCAAGUGGUGUCAGUCCCACCACCACGAUCCAUCCCAGGCCAAUGUGCACCAGGUGCUCCAAUUUCUCCAUAGUGGCUUUAUGAUGGGACUUCGACCCAACACUCUACGUCGACAUGCGUCUACUCUGUCAUCCAUUCUCUCAGUGUCCUCUCCUGGAGAUCAUAUUUCCUCACAUCCGUUCAUCAAACGUUUUUUGAGAGGAGUCGCCCUACGCUCUCCGGCUGUUGUCCAUCGGUUCCCCUCAUGGAGUUUGCCGAAAGUCCUGCAGGCUUUGCAACGCCCUCCGUUUGAACCCAUCAGGACUGUGCCCCUACGCAUACUGUCCUUCAAGGUCCUGUUUCUGAUUGCAAUCACAUCUGCCAGACGCGUUUCAGAGUUGGGCGCAUUGUCUUCUGCUAGACACCUCUGCGUCUUCCAUAAGGACUCUGUUGUGCUGAAGACUGACCCUUCCUUUCGUCCCAAGGUCGAUUCAGUUUUUCAUUGCAACCAGGACAUUGUGUUGCCUUCCUUUUGCCCGGAUCCUACCCAUCCUCUUGAAAAGGCUUGGCAUUCGUUAGAUGUCCGGAGGGCUCUCAAGACCUACCUGUCUAGGACCCAAGAGAUUCGACGAACGGAGUCUCUGUUUGUAUCCUUUCAUCCAAGGUCUAUGGGGCAUAAAGUAUCCAAUCCUACCUUAUCCCGUUGGUUAAGGGCAUGCAUUAUCUUAGCAUAUGAGUCCCUGAAGCUGUCAGUUCCAGCUAGUAUAACGGCUCAUUCUACCAGGUCAGCUGCCACCUCGGCUGCUUUUGUCACUAAUGCUCCUGUUGCCGAUAUUUGUAGGGCCGCAGUCUGGUCUUCCCCACACUCGUUUAUAAGGCAUUAUAAAAUUGAUCGUUAUGCCUCUGCUGAUGCUUCUUUUGGCAGACGAGUGUUGCAACAGGUUCUUAAUGAGGAUUAACAUGUGGGUGGUCCCUCCCUAUAUGGGUUGCUUUGGUACAUCCCACAGUGAUGGCCCACUUCCUAUGGAAAAUGUACCAUUGGUCUCACCUGAAAGGUGAUUUUCAUAGGAAGGGGCCAUCACGACCCUCCCAGUUGGAGGAUGACUAGUGAUUUUAUCAAUGGGUUACAUGUUAUUGUUUCCAUAUUAUAUUUAAAUGUAAGAGUGAAGUCAAGACUUUUAGUUCUGUUAUGUUAUGAAGUUAUGUUAGAGUCAUGUUGUUAUGCAUGUGACUAUUAUGUUAUUUUCCUGGCGGGCCUGUUGGCUUUGUUCUUGUAUUUUUAGAUAUCUCUUUUAGACUCGCUACGAAUGAACUGGAGAGUGGGAGGGGCAUGACGUCCCUAGUCUUGACUUCAAAAAACAUUCUUGCCUUCGCACGAUAGGUGGAACUGUUUCCCACAGUGAUGGCCCCUUCCUAUGAAAAUCACCUUUCAGGUGAGACCAAUGGUACAUUUUAAAUCAUGAGAUUUGCUUUUGCCAGUAGAUAAUUACUUUGGCUUUGAAACCAGCCAUCUCUGCAGGUGUGGUGGUUAAGAAAUGCUGUAGUGAUACUUUGCUUUAAGUUUUAUAGCUUUCACAAAAGCUUUUAAAAAAUGACAGUUCCAUUUAACGGCUGCAUUUGGAUAACAUGCUAAGCCACAAUCCAUUGUUUACCACAACAGAGCAGUGAGUCAUUCCCAUUGUGCUCCUUCCAUAGCACUUCAGUUUAUGGUUUGUCGGGAGAGAAACAAACCACAAGCACUGAUUGGAACACUGCAAUAAGUAAAGGGUCAUGGUUAUUGCCCCCACUCACAAUAGGGGAGGAGUGGAGCAGGAGCAAUUUCAUCAGCAUGCACUAGAACACUCCUUGUUCAUGAUAAGCCAUGGCUUAUGGUUAGUGGCUGUUUUCGGACAACAUGCUGACCAAGCACGUGAUUAUUUGUUUUGUUUUUAGUUGGAGGCUAAGAAUAACUCGGGGGGGGUGCUAAAUGAGUUUGUCUCAGCAAUUGAAGGGGAGGAGAAUCACUUUAGUAGUCAGGAAAAUAAAAUGUUGUGCCUUUUUUAAUGCAGUAUGUCAUUCUGUUACCGCUGUGCAUGCCAUACUUGAGCAUUAAGUAACACUGAAGACGAGUAUAUAGGCCUGAAGGAAGGAGAGCCUCCUUCAACCAAAUCCGCUUGAAUAUUAAAGGUCCUCAUCAGAGACCUUCCUUCAAGUGUCUCCCCUUCUGAGGCUAGAUACAUGGCUACCACAAAGAGGGCCUUGUCAUCUGUGCUGCCAUUUGAAUACCUUCCCAUUGAUAACUCCUGAUAUUCUCCUCCUGCCAUGCUGUUAUGAUUCUGCAAAAGCCUCAUGCUAGGAGGCUUUUCCACCCUCCCAUCUCACACACAGCUGUCCAUACCUGCUUCCCCACCCCCUGAAAAGCCUCUCCUCAGCGUCAGGAGAACCACGAGAAAGACUUGGUGUGUGGUUCAAGGGCAGUGCUGCAGUGGAAGGAUGGAACUGGCAAAGAAAAACAAACAAGGCAGAAGCAGCUUGCACAGGUUUCAGCUUAUGCAACCUGUGCAUCCAACCCAUUGUUGGCUUGUAAUUGUUAUUGUUUUUAUGAUUCUUAGCCACCCUGCAAGUGUGUGAAACUGAAGGAUGGCACAUAAGUUUCUAAAUACAUUUAUUUGUGGAGGUUCCUAUUCAGUUCAUUCUAAGAGACAUCUGCUGUGAUGUGGGGAAAACUCUUGCCUGAUAAAAAUUUGUGACACAAGAAUUGCUUGCCGUGUGGAGACAGACAGCUACCACAUUGAGUAAUUUAAGCAGGGGCAGAGAGAUUCUGUGUAGGCACUGACACUGGACAGUUUUUUCUUUUUAUUGGAGAAGAUUGCUGAACACACUUUUACCAUUGCACCUGUGAUUUAAAAUUACCAUAUUGUACACUAUAUUGGCAGAUACCAACGUAUAUGUAUUUCCACC